UCCCGCUCCCGGUGCUCUGACAGCUGCUCUCUGUGAGAAACGGAAGACAUUUUGAGCCGCUGCGGUCGCUCUGCUCCGUUAUUCGAGAGUCAGCCUGAAGUCGUGGCUGCCGUGCUGGAGGUCCAGUCUCCGGACAGCCGCUGAAACCGUCGACAGCCAACAAAAAAAACAAGUUUGUAGUUUAACCGGCGCAUGUGUAGCACCGCUAGCUAGCUCAGCGCCUCAAGCUAGCAAAGUCCUAGAUGCUAGUUAGCUAGCGUCACCUAGCUGGCCUCCUCCUCCUCCUCCUCCUCUUCCUCCUCCUCCUCUUCCUCGACAGCCGGUCCCUUCACGCAGACACAAUGGCUUUAAAACGAAUUUCCAAGGAGCUAACCGAUUUGUCCAGAGAUCCUCCUGCUCAGUGCUCUGCCGGACCCGUCGGAGAAGACAUGUUUCAUUGGCAAGCUACUAUAAUGGGACCCCCGGACAGUCCCUAUCAGGGUGGCGUGUUUUUCCUGACUAUUCAUUUCCCCACAGAUUAUCCCUUCAAACCACCCAAGGUCGCCUUCACAACAAGAAUUUAUCACCCAAAUAUUAACAGUAACGGCAGCAUCUGCUUGGAUAUAUUGAGAUCACAGUGGUCUCCAGCAUUAACUAUCUCUAAAGUCCUUUUGUCCAUUUGUUCUCUGUUAUGUGACCCGAACCCUGACGAUCCGUUAGUGCCAGAGAUCGCCCGCAUCUACAAAACAGACCCUGUUAGGUACAACAAGACAGCUCAGGACUGGACUCAGAAAUACGCCAUGUGACCCUCUUCCUCCCCCCUGCUGGAACGAACUGUUUGAUUUCCCACCAAUCAAUCAGCCAAUAACAGCAAUUUGUUCACGUUCCUUUGGGCCCGCCUCCUCCAUCUGAACCGCUUUUAAACUUUUGAUUUCUCUGCUUUGUGAAAUAAUGAGUGAACGGAGAGAAGAUGGGCCGAGAGCUGUGAAUGUGCCAACUGAGAAACUGUUACAAUAAAUAAUCAAUAAUUUAAUGCAUGUCAGUGAUUGAUUGGUUCAUGUGCUGCUCAGAUUUGUCCACUUUUAAAAAAAAAAAGGAGCCGACAGAUUUUUAUUGAGUUCUUGUUGUUUUUUUUUGUUUUAGACGAGAGCCGUUAGUUCAUCCAUCAUCCAACACUGUUCUCCUCUUUUUGCACUGAAGAUGAAACUCGAAGCUCUCAACGGCUGAUUGAUCAACUAAUAGCUCUGUGAUGUUUUUUUUCUCAAUAAAGUUGAACAAAUUGCA